AAAAAACUGGUGUAUGAAAAAGGAAGGGGUUGAACAAAAGUUACAUCUCCCGCCUCUAUUUCUGGAUGUAGCCACUCUCUCAUUCAUCGUCUCCAAUCAAAGCCCCUUGUUCCCUGCUUCAGGUUUACGACAGCAUAAUUUGUGUCAACAGCAACGAGUUAAUUGUGCCGUGGCAUUUGGUUUGGGUAAAGAAUUGAUUAAUACUGAUGUACUCAAAUUCCGCAGUACCUAAUUUCUUUGAAUUAUAUACUCUCCUACAAGGCCAUAAUAUCUCUCAAUGUCACCUUCUUCAAAUCCAUGCCCGAAUCAUCUGUUUAGGUGCCCACCAACACAGUCAUAUAGCAACUCGUCUUAUUGGGCGUUACCCAUUUCCGAUUGCUCUGCGUGUGUUUAAUCAAUUACGAGCUCCAAAGAUAUUCCCUUUCAAUGCCAUAAUCAGAAUCUUGGCUGAUGAAAAGGGCCAAUCCUCCCUUGCCUUUUCUCUCUUUAGACGCUUAAAACAGCAACCACUUUAUCCUAAUGAUUUUACCUUCUCUUUCCUCCUCAAAGCUUGCAUCCAUUCUGGCAAUGCCUGUUAUGUAAACCAAGUCCAUACCCAGAUCACGAAAUAUGGUUUUUUGGAAAAUUCAGGGAUUUGCAAUGGCCUUGUUGCUGCAUAUGCAAAGGGUCUGAAAGACUUUAUCUCAGCUCAUAAGGUGUUUGAUGAAAUGCCUGAGAAAAAUAUGGCCUUUUCCUGGACUUGUUUGAUUGAUGGUUAUGCUAAGUCUGGGUUUUCUGAGAAAGCUUUGCAACUGUUUCUUCUGAUGGUUAAGGGAAAGAUAACACCAGAAAAUGAAACUAUGGUCAGUGUUCUAUCCGCAUGUGCAAAGCUUGAUAUUGGUGACCUGGAGAACUGGAUAGAGACUUUUACAGACAGUAUUAAGGAUUGUGGCCCUGUUAGUGCCACUGGUGAUUCACUUAACAUGGUGCUUACUUAUUUGUAUGGAAAACUGGGGAAUGUGGAUAAAAGCAGGGAAGCUUUUGAUAGAAUUGGUGAUAAUGGUAAAAAAAGUGUGGUAGCAUGGAAUGCUGUCAUUGGUGCCUAUGUUCAAAAUGGUUGUGUCCUGGAGGCCUUGAGUCUUUUCCGGGUGAUGAUUGAUAAUCCUUAUGCUGAUCCAAACCAUGUUACAAUGGUAAGCAUUCUCUCAGCUUGUUCCCAAGUAGGUGAUAUUGAUCUUGGUAUAUGGGUCCAUGAGUACAUGAAAUCUCGAGGACGGGAAAACGUUCUACGCACGAACUCAUUCUUAGCAACUGCUAUGAUUGACAUGUAUUGUAAAUGUGGUGAUCUGAGCAGAGCAAAGGAAGUUUUUCACUCUUUGCUUGCAAAGGAUGUUAUAUCAUAUAGUGUCAUGAUUAUGGGUCUGGCUGUAAACGGUCAAGGACGUGAAGCAUUAACACUUUUCAAUGAAAUGUUGAACAGUGGGUUCCGUCCAAAUGGAGGAACAUUUCUUGGUAUUCUAUGUGCAUGUAGUCACUCAGGGUUGUUAGAAGUAGGGCGCCAAAUUUUUCAAGAUAUGAAAAUAAAAUUUUCUGUUUCACCUCAAUUAGAACACUAUGCUUGUUAUAUUGACCUCCUGGCUCGAGUUGGCUGUAUUGAAGAAGCUCUUGACGUAGCAAAAUCCAUGCCCUUUGAGCCUAAUAAUUUUGUUUGGGGUGCUUUACUUGGAGGUUGCCUGCGCCAUUUUAGGGGACAGCUUACUCAAGACAUAUCUAGAAGACUAAUUGAAGUAGACCCACGAAAUUCUGCUGGCUAUGUCAUGCUAUCUAAUGCGUUUGCUCAUGAUCAUGAGUGGGGUGAGGUUUCAGGCCUAAGGCGGUUAAUGAAUGAACAGGGGGUGAAAAAGCACCGGGGCUGUAGUUGGAUUUGUGUCAAUGGGCUUGUGCAUGAAUUUUUGUCAGGGCCCUGCUCAUAUCAUGAAGCUGCAAGCAUCAGUAGCAUGUUGGGUUGGCUGUCGAAGGAAAUGAAGUUGCCGAGUUAGCUGAUAAUUCAUUAUGCAUAAGCUCUGCAGUAUUGGGAAUUUGAGAUUCUUGACAUAUGCUGUAUGAUUUGCAUGAAAUAUCGCACACCAGCAAGGCCAGCAACAUUUCAUCGGCAAAUAAGGGAGAUUAGAGUGCAUCCUUCUGUCAAUCUUGUCAGCUGUUACUGUCAAGUUUUGGUCAGAGGAACAAUGUGGAAUUGCAGAGACCAAUUUACUGUUGCUGAAAAACCAGCUUCUGGGUGCUAUGGCCAAUGGCUGCUAUAAUGCUAUUCGAUUUUGCUCUCUAAUUAUAAAGGAUUUUUUAAAUUCCUCCAUAUUAUACGGUGUGUAUCACAGCGCAACAGUUGAGACUGCCCUGAAGGCCUUGGAUACGGCCUAUAUGGCCCAGAACUCCAGAUAUAUCUCUAUUCACAUUGACGAGGAAGAUUACUGGAAGAUAAAUUUAUUACUUCACAACCUGUAUAAAUACUCCGUAGUGUUUAAAUUUGUAUCACAGAUUAGAUAUUCAGUCAAUAUUUAAUUUAAUCUUGA